GACUGCUAUCGAUAGUUGACGCUCCUAUCGGCUAAUCGAAUCCCACCCCAAGGCCAGCUGCCACCGCUUCCCGCGCAUUUUCUGCAGCCCAGCAACACCAUCCAGACAACGUGGAAUUCCCGCUGAACUAGAGACCGGCAUUAUUUCCAUUUUUCGGUGACCAAAAUUGUGAAAAUACAACUUAAAAUGCCGCGCAGAAAGGCCCUGACGAACAACAACAAUGCCGGCGAGUCGGAGCAUCAGGCUCCCAAGGCGAAGCGCGCCAGGAUCGCCUUCCAUUUGGAUCUCCCCCAGCGAAAAUCCAUAUUGGGCAACGUGCUGGUUUGCGGCAAUGGAGAUAUGGGACAACUUGGCCUCGGCGAGGACAUAUUGGAGCGCAAGCGUCUCAGCCCAGUGACUGGAAUCCCUGAUGCUGUGGAUGUUGUUGCCGGAGGCAUGCACAACUUAGUGCUAACAAAAACGGGGGACAUCUACUCUUUUGGCUGCAAUGAUGAAGGAGCACUGGGUCGCGACACCAGCGAGGAUGGCAGCGAAUCCAAACCAGGACAGAUCGAUUUGCCCGGCAAGGCAUUGUCCAUUUCGGCGGGAGAUUCGCACUCUGCCUGUCUGCUCGAGGAUGGACGCGUCUUCGCUUGGGGUUCGUUCCGAGACUCGCACGGCAACAUGGGCCUUACCAUCGAUGGAAACAAGCGGACACCCAUUGAUCUGAUGGAAGGUACUGUCUGCUGCAGCAUCGCCUCAGGUUCCGAUCACUUGGUUAUCCUAACCACCGCCGGCAAGAUCUUCACCGUGGGUUGUGCCGAGCAAGGACAAUUGGGCCGGCUAUCGGAACGUUCCAUUUCUGGAGAGGGUCGUCGUGGCAAGCGAGACUUGCUGCGGCCCACCCAGCUCAUCAUCACGCGGGCCAAACCCUUCGAAGCCAUCUGGGCCACCAACUACUGCACAUUCAUGCGGGAAUCGCAGACAGGGGUCAUCUGGGCCACCGGGCUGAACAAUUACAAGCAACUAGCCUUCGACACAAAGAACAGAGAUUUCGCACUUACGCCUAUUAAGACGGAACUCAAAGAUAUCCGACAUAUUUCCGGCGGUCAACAUCACACACUCGUUCUGACCACGGACGAUAAAUGCUCGGUGGUGGGACGUCCAGAGUACGGACGCCUUGGUCUAGGUGAUGUCAAGGAUAUUGUGGAGAAGCCGACGCUUGUAAAGAAACUGAGCGAUAAGAUUGUGUCCGUGGGCUGUGGCGAAGUCUGUUCCUAUGCCAUUUCGGAGGAUGGCAAACUCUAUUCCUGGGGCUCCGGCAUUAACAAUCAACUGGGUGUUGGCGAUGGUGACGAUGAACUCGAACCGGUAGUGGUUGUCAGUAAGAAUACGCAAAACAAACAAAUGCUGCUGGCAUCCGGCGGUGGUCAGCAUUCCAUCUUUUUGGUCCAGGCGGAUAAACAGGAGCAGAAGGAGAAUUUGCCGGCGAAGCCGUCUGGUAGCAGCAGUAAUAAGAAGGACAAGACACCGCAGCAGGAAAAUGCCGAAAAGGAGACCGAAAAGUCGGAUAAACAGGAGCAGAAAGAAAAUGUCCCGGCGAAGGCAUCCGCCAGCAGCAGCAGUAAGAAGAACAAGACGCCGCCGCAGGAUGAUGCCGACGAAGAGGCCAAAGAGGAGCCCGUUUCGGCUACCCCUCCCAAGAAGGCCAAGAAGCCGGCUGCCAAGCGAGGCGGAAAAAAGACAUAAGAUUGAGUAUAAAUACGCUGACUUUUCCCAUUUUGUUUUUGGUCACAUUAAGUGGCACCCCCGUACGCUUACUUAACGCUUAAGGAAAGUUUACUCAUGGUCCGGAUUCGUAAGAUAGAUCGCAAGUUUUUCUUAUAAUAUGUUAAGAUUUACGAACUGAGUCCUGUUAAGUUCUUAUUAUUUCGAUAAAUAGAUGCCCCGCUCAUAUCUUACAAAUCUGCCUUUCGAGGAAAUCUUCUUUAUCUACCCAUUUAAAUGUUUAACAAUUACAAAUACGAAACCGUAGUAAAUUUGUAUUUGAACGCAAAGUGAAACUAAUUGAGAUUUAUUUACAAACUAAUCAACUUGAAUCCGACAUAAAUCUAUGCGUUAUUUGUUUAUAUAAUUUACAAAGACAUCUUA